UUUCUGGGACGCCGAAACUUCACAAUAACUCAAUGGGAAGGUGAACGCGGAGCAUGACGCUUCCAUGAAAAGUCCUUAAAGAUUUUCUUUGGGACUUUAGCUUUCUGGGGCGUGAAGGACACAACCGAGAGCUAUUUCCAUACCGAAAACGGUUCGUUGAAGGGAAGAUGAUGUCAGACGCCAGUGAGAUGUUGGCAGCAGCCCUGGAGCAGAUGGAUGGGAUCAUUGCAGGCUCCAAGGCCAUUGAUUACUCCAACGGGCUUUUUGACUGCCAGUCGCCCACAUCUCCCUUCCUGGGCGGCUUCCGUGUGCUUCACCUUCUGGAGGACCUCAGAGCAGCGCUGGAGCUGAUGGACAAUGAGGAGCGGGACAACCUGCGCUGUCAGAUCCCAGAUUCCACUGCAGAGGGCCUGGCAGAGUGGCUGCAUGGACGAACGGCCAACCUCCACAGCUCUGAUGCAGUCUACCAAGAGCGUCUUUCACGGCUGGAGAGUGACAAAGAGUGUCUUAUUCUCCAGGUGAGUGUGUUAACAGACCAGGUGGAGGUGCAGGGAGAAAAAAUUCGGGAUCUGGACAAGAGUCUGGAGCUUCAUCGGGAGAAGCUGAAUGGUGCUGAGGAGCUCCUUCAGCAGGAGCUGUUAAACCGGACCGCGCUCGAGACCCAGAAGCUGGAGCUAAUGACCGAGGUGUCGAGCCUGAAGCUGAAGCUAACCGCUUUGGAGAGAGAUCACAGGGGCAACGAUGGUUUGUACCAGGAAGUGACAGACCUGAGGUUCAGGAUGACGGAUAAAGAGAAUGAAAGACUGCAGUGUGAGAAGAAACUGAAAGGAGCCACAGAGGAGCUGCAGGAUCUGCAGCGGCAUUUGGAGGAGCAAGACGAGGAGCUGAGGAGGUUGAAGGGAGAGACCCACAGCAGAGCUGCGGGGGGAGAAAGAGACACAGAGAUGGUGAAGAUGAAGAGGGUGCUGGAGCUGUUGACGUCGGAGAACGAUGAGAAGGAGAGAAGGAUUAAAGACCUCGAGGAGUCCCUGACGAAGUUCAGGAGAGUGCAGGAACUGGUCAGAGAGAAGCUAAAAGAAGACGACUACGCUGAUAUCACAGAUGAUCCCUCGCUUUCUAUGUCCAUGGAGGUGGAUCAGGUCACCCUGGAGUUGGAGGGGGAGGCAGGAAGGAGCUGUGAUGAGUCCACACCAUGUAUAGCUGUGCUCUCUGAAAUGAAUGAGCUGGACAGAGAACAGCAGCUACAAGCAGCACAAAGCGCCUUUGAUGAUCCACACAGUGACGGUUCGGCUGUAACCGGCAGCACCGAGCAGGUUAAAACUAAAACAGGAGCCGGUUCCUCCUCUUCUAAGGCAAACACAAGUGAUGGGAGUUUUGGCAGCAAGAAAGUGCGUUCCUCGUUUGGCCGCGGCUUUUUUAAGCUGCGUGGAGGCAAACAGACGGCCAGCUCCUCCAGCCUUGAGCGACAAGGCACGGAGCACCUCGACCUCGCUGGAGCUCCUCCACAGAAACCCCGCCGUGCAGCUCCGCCCCCCUCGUCUCCAGACAGCAAGAAGAAGUCGAGCGGCUUGAGGAGAUUUUUUGGCAGACUGAAGAGGAGCCACUCCACCUCCUUCAACCUGGAUGAUGGAGCUGAGACGGAGUUCAGGAGGGGCGGAGUCAGAGCCACCGCCGGCCCCCGCCUCGGCUGGUCACGUGACUCAAAACACAAGGCCGUCGACGUUCCUUUCUCUCGGUGGAGUAAAGAGGACGUUUGUGCGUGGCUACAGGAGCAGGGCCUCGGCUUGUACGCGGCUCAGGGACAGAGCUGGGUCAAAUCGGGACAAACGUUACUGCAGGCAUCACAACAUGAUCUGGAGAAGGAGCUGGGAAUGAAGCUGCCUCUGCACAGGAAGAAGCUGCAGCUCGCCCUGCAGGCUCUCAGCUCGGAGGGCGACGACCUUCAGGGCAAACUGGACCACAACUGGGUCAACAGAUGGCUGGAUGAUAUCGGCCUGCCGCAGUACAAGAACAACUUCGAUGAAGCCCGCGUUGAUGGCCGCAUGUUGCACUACAUGACGGUGGAAGACCUGCUGUCUCUGAAGGUCGGGAGCGUUCUUCAUCACCUCAGCAUCAAGAGGGCCAUCCAGGUCCUGCGUCUGAACUCCUAUGAGCCGAACUGUCUGAGGCGACGCCCCUCUGACGAGAACCACAUGACGCCGGCUGAGAUCUGCCAGUGGACCAACCACAGGGUGAUGGAGUGGCUGCGCUCCGUGGAUCUGGCAGAAUACGCUCCCAACCUGAGAGGGAGCGGAGUCCACGGAGGACUGAUGGUGUUGGAGCCUCGGUUCAACGUGGAAGCGCUCGCCCUCCUGCUCAACAUUCCUCCCAGCAAAACGCUGCUGAGGCGCCACCUGGCUACGCACUUCCAUCUGCUGGUCGGCUCCGAGGCGCAGCGUCUCAAACAGGAGUGUCUGGAAAACCCGGAUUACACCGUCCUCACUGCUACAGCUAAAGUUAAGCCCAGACGUUCGUCUUUUGGUGGUUUUGGCUCCCUGAGGAGGAAACGUCAUGACGACGGGGAGGAUUACGUCUGCCCUAUGAAUGUGGAAAUGCCAAAGAGCAGCAGCUUUCAUAGAAACGUCCACAUCUACGAGGAAUCCCUGGACCACUUGGAGCAGAUGGAAGACUCUGAAGGAACAGUCAGGCAGAUCGGAGCAUUCUCAGAGGGAAUCAAUAAUCUGACGAGCAUGCUGAAGGAAGAGGAGAUGUUCCAGGUGAUCUCAGUUCGUCCCCCAGAGGAGAAAACAGAAGGCCACAACUCCUCCACCUGAGUAUUUAGUCUCCAGACUGUAUUUAUUGAAAGUGCCACUAUAUGCAUGAACUCAAGUGUCUUUUAAGUAACCUGAAAGUUUCAAAGUUUACUACAAGGAUCAAUUAAUUUAGCAGCAUUCUGAGCAAUCAGUAUUUUACCUGCAAUACAAGGUGGAGAAAUUCAGACAGCAUUGCAGUUUCAGGUGUAAACAUGAUUUGUACUAGAAAUUUGACCAUUUAGCCACUGUCAAAUGUGAUUUUUCAAAAGUGAACCUGUUAAGUUAUAAGCUAGUCCAACAGCAGAGAGGAUUAGUCUUAAAAUGAGGUGAAAUAAGUACUCACAAUGAGACAUGUAAAGCAUUUCUAGUCUGAAAGAAAUCAAUUGAAAGGUUUUACAUGUUUUGUUCUCCAGCGCCUCUUCUCUUAGGCAGACAUGACGGUUUAAUGAGUCAAAGUAAUUUUGGGAGACUGGAACCAUUUCUACUGAAAGAAUCUUCUUAUAAAGUCUUGGUAACAUUUUCAGCUGAGCUUUGAAACCAAAGACGUGUUUUUAGAAGGAAAAGCUAAAUCUUUGUUGUGCAUGUGAAUUGUUUUGGUAAUAAAAGUUUAGAAAUGUCAA